AUGCCAUUCGGCGUCGGCGACGCCAGCCUCGGCACGGUGUCCGUCACCGUCUCCGACGCCGAGCUGACGCUCCACGCGAUGCUGGAAAACCUCCCCGCGAACGAGUCGGGCGGCAUCCAUAUUCACUACGGAUUUGCGUGCGGCAACGAGACGACCGUCAAGGGCGACGCGCCUGCAGGCGCCAACAAGGGGCACUACUACGUGCCGUCCGACCCCGCCGUCCUUGACGCCUCGGAGGACCCCUGGGGUGCCAGCUUCUUCUCCGACGGCCAGGCCAACGCGGUGUGGCACACGCCGGCUGGAUCUACCGUGGCGGACCUCACCGUGGUGCUGUCGGCUUCCGACCUGAAUGUGAACCCGAUGACGGCUCUGGACCGCGUUGUGAUCGUGCACGCGCCCGGUGGCGCCAAGAUUGGCUGCGGCGUCCUCGCCUGA